AUGUUAGGAGAAGGAGAAAAAAAAGAAGCUGUUGAUCCCUUUUCAAAAAGUAAGCUAUUUUCUGAGAAAUCAAAGCAAGCAAGUGUUUCGAAUUUUAUUCUUGCUGAAUAUGUCAAUGAAAUGGAUUUAGGCGGAGCCAUGUUUUGGGCAAUGGAUUUAGAUGAUUUUCGUGGUGAAAAGUGUGGUGAAGGAAAAUUCCCAUUAAUUAAUACAGCGAAAGAUAUUGUCAAUGGAAAAGCACCAUCAACCAGAUCAACAACAACCCGUACUACACCUACAACUACUCCAAAACCUGAUCAAUCAGAUACGGCAGCAUUGUAUUGUCAAUAUUGUAAUUAUUAUGAAUGUCUAACAACACCUAGUGGCAAACAGAUAACGGUAUCACGAACAUGUCCUACACCACUUAUUUAUUCUGAAGAUAAAAAGAAAUGUGUUAAAGAAAAAGAAUUAAGUGAUGUUCAAAUAAAAUGCUCAACAAAAUCGAGACUUCUAACAACACCGAUAGCAUCAACUAAUUGUUGGGAUCCAUCAUCUUUCGUAACUGAUUCAAUGUGUCGUUUCUUUACAGAUUGUUCAAACAAACGUCGUUAUGAAUGCCCGCCUGAUUCAUCAUUUGCAUUGAGUGUAAAACGAUGUGUACCAAAACAAAAUGUUAAUCAACUUGACAAUUUACAACAAGAUGCAAUUCAGCAAUUGAUAAUGAACUAUAUGACAACUCCAGAACAAUCUUUAUUCAAUGAAAAUGAUUUAGAAUCAUUAUUGAAGCCGACAGUACAACGUCGUUUUUGUUGCAUGAGUCCAUUAAGUGGUCGAAAACGAUUCAUACGGGAUUUAGCACGAAAACAAUAA